AAAAGAAGAUUUCAAAAAAAAUAAAUUUGAAACUGAUGAGUAUUCUAUAAAAACUUUACAGAAAUACGGUGAAAAGUCACUGACGGAUCUAAAACUUAACUUGGCUCUCAGUAGUACAAAAAUAUCGUGAGAACAAGGUAAAAUUUCAAAAUGGCAUUAAACAUUGAUCUAAGUAAUACACAAAAUAUUGACCAGAUUAUUAAAUGUAUAAAAAUUGGUUGUGUACCAGAAGUAUCAAAUAAUGAAAAUGAUUUGGCUAAUCGUGAUAAAGCAUUAUUGGCUCAUUUAGAAAUUGCUAAACCUAUAUUAAAUAAACUCAGCAUUUUGUUGAGUAAACUCUUAAAUAAUGAUGUAGACCUUCAAAUUAAGCUUCAGGACAUAAUAAUUCCUUGCUUAUAUUUAUGUGGUGAACAUUGCAAAUCAAACUUAGCGUGGAGUGACGAAGAAAGCCAUACUUUAAUGAAAUUGUGUAUUGAAAAACUGUGCAGUCUCAUGCAUUAUGUAAAUAUUGAAGAAUUAUUUACUCAUCUAGAUGUUUCCAAGAUUUUCGUUGGCUUGCAAUGCAAAUUAGAAAAUGAUAAUUGGAAAAAAUAUCCGGCUGCUGUUGAGUGUUUUAUAUGGAUAUUGAAAUACUUAAAAAUGCCACAUUUAAAUUCUUUAUUAUACUUGGUGAUGCCAUUACCGUUAAACAUGUUUGAUGAUUACCAAGAUUCAAGUAUACUUACGGCUUUAGAUGCUUUUCAACACAUCAUCACUAAUACACCUUCUGUGGAAUUAGCAAUGAGUGGCUAUGACAUUGUUUUACUGAAGUCAUUAGAAACUGGUCUGCGUUCAUCUGAAUAUCAGCUAAUACCAAAUUUAAUGAAGUGUCUUUUAUCACUGAUUUCAAAGAUGCAAAUGAAACAUUUAAGCAACAAAAAUUCUUUGGAGUGGACAAAGUUUGAUGAUGUUAUGAAUAUUUUACUCCCACGAAUGGAAUUCGAACGUAAACAUGAGCCAAUCAUGUGUUACGCAUCAAUUUUUCCACUUGUUUUGGAGUCAACUGGAUUUGCUUGCAUUCGUUGGUCAGAGCGUUUGAUACCAUUAUUUGCAGAGUAUGUUAUGAACAGUCAAUCUACUUUUUCAACAGUAAAGGCAAUUGAAGUAUUUAUUCAACAAACUUGGCCAAGACGGUGUACUCAUUGGAAAGUGUUGCUAACAAUAUUGAUCAAAGCUCUAUAUAAUGAAGAUAAAAGUCCUGUGCAGCCUAAUAAAGAAAAUAUUAUAGUAAUUGUAGAAUGUAUUAGAACAUUAGAAGCAGCAAGACCUGAAUGUGUACGUAACGUUUUAAAUAAAUUGAAAGAAUGUAAAGAAUUUCAAUCAAAAAUUAUAUUUAAAGAAUAUUUGGAAAUGUUAUAGCUCAAUAGUUGUUAGUUCGAAUAUAGUAAUAUUGUUGUGAGUUACAAACAACUA